CAUUUUCAGUUAUAACUAAACCCAUGAUGUCGCCGGAUGUGGAUGACGGCAGCUUUAUUUUGAAAGCAUGAUCUGAUGUGAAUUGUUUCCCCAGCAGCUCGUAAGUGAAAGUAAAACUAGAAGCAGUUGAAGCGGCUCCUGAGAGAGAGACAGCAGCUACGCGGCGCCAUGGCGGACCUCUCCACCGCCUACACACUGUGCCUGGUGGCGGCGGCCUGCUACAUCAAAGCGUGCAGCAGCAGCAGCUGUGCGGUGUUGGAGUGCUGGUUCGUGCGGGAGCAGACGGGUCGAGGAGGUUUGUCUGCAACUUCGAGCCAUGAGACGUCGCUGCUGCACAUCAGAACCGACCGCCACGCCGCAGAGAGCCGGCCGGCUCCCCCCGACAGCCCCCCCGACAGGGUCUACUUUAUCACCGACCCAUCUGCCACGCUGUGCCACCGCUCUCUCACGCCCCCUAGCGGCUCGGUGGAGAAGCCCCGCUGUGAGAUCAUCCCCUUCCUGCCACACCUCUCCGCCCUCAAAUGGGUCGCUCCCCUCACAGACUCCGCCUCCAGCCCCAUUUACCUGCAGGCCGAUUGGUUCUCCACCAGCCUCCAGGGCCUCGACGGACAGCUGGCCGUGUCCACCAUCACGCGUGCUGCCACGGCAACCACAGAGCACGACGCGGUCCUGAGCGUGACCAGCACGACCGUCUCGGUGCGGUCCAGACUCGGGGAACCGGUGCUGCUGGAUUGCGGCUUCUGGGUCGACCCGUCCUCGCCGCUGUCCGGCUCCGGCUUCGCCGUGGAGUGGCGCUACCAGUUCAGAGGCGACGGCCGCUUGGUUCUGGCCUACGACGGCAAAGCGGACCGCGUGACCGAAGCCCGGGGGGAGGAAGGGGCCACGCUGGACUUCGAGGCCCUGCACCGGAGAGGGAACGCGUCCCUGAUGCUGCCCAAGGCCGAGCUGCGCCACUCUGGGCUGUACAUCUGCACGGUGUACCUGCCGUACCUCGUGGCCCAGGUGACGGUGGAGCUGGAGGUGGUCGAACCCCCGUCCCUCUCCAUCCACCCGUCCCCGCUGCCGCUCGCUGUUGCCGGGCAGACUCUGGCGGUCCAGUGUGACGCGUCGGGCUUCGCCCCGCUCUCCCUGGAGCUGAGCUGGGAGUUUAAAGGCAGCGACGGGGAGGCCAGGCCUCUGGGGCCGGGCAGCGUGACGGGCCACCGGCAGGCCUGGGACGGGACCUACAGCCAGAGCAGCCGGCUGGAGCUCGACCCGGCGGCACUGGGCCCGGGAGGGGAGGUCACCUGCGUGGCCGGCCACCUCGGAGGCCCGCGGCGGGCCAGCGUGACCCUCAACGUCGUCGGGGUCAGCUCGCCCUCCAUUGAGGACUCCAUGGCGAUGGUGGGCGUGGCCCUGGCGCUCUACGGCCUCAUCCAGUUGGUCUCGUGGAGCUUCAGCAGCUCAGGCGAGGCCGUCCCACAAGGCAAGAAGGACGAGUGAAGGAGGGGAACUGAAGCGUGACCUGAACCUCAUGUCUGUUGGUAUCUGGGACGUGGCUCCAGAAGAGACCCUCCUCCUCUUCAGUCAGCGGGCAGCAGGUCCGUCUCUCAAUCAGGGGGUUGGCGGUUCAACCCCCGCCCUCAUCCACGUGUCCUUGAGCAAGACACUUCACCCUGAGUUGCUCCCUGUAGCUGUGUCUACGGUGUAUGGAUGUAAAAUGGUGCUUUGGAUAAAGCUCAACAUUAAUUUCAUGUAUUUUUAUUUAAAGCUAUCGUGGUAAAUCUUCCACAACUUAAAAUGUAUUUUUCACAGGUUCUGCCGGGGUAUCGGUGAGAGGGAUUAUUAUUUUGUGAUAUUUCUUUCACUCUAAAGCAAAACAGCUGUUCUAUCUUAUCGGUCUCCAGACUGAAUCUUGUAGAGGUGCCAGAAACCUCGAGGAAUUUUGAAAUAGUUUUGAUAAAUCAGAUGUUAGUGCUUCCAUAUGAUACUGUUGAUCCAGGACAGUAAACUUAAUAUUACAUUAAACUGUCCAAACAAAGACAAUACUGUUUGUGUAAAUAUAGAAACAAUAAUGUAUAUAUAUAUAUUCUGAGGUUUUUGUUACGUGUGUGUUCCUGGGAUAAUUAAUUAAACUCAUAAUCAAAUUAUAUGAUGUGUUAGAUCCAACAUUAAUAAUUUAUAUAACUUUAAUAUCGGUUUUAAUCCGCUGUUAUAUUGGUUUUAAUGCACUUCCUGGAUAUUAAAAAAUACAAAUAAAAAAGGCCCAAUCCCCUCCA